AAUUAUUUCUCUCUCCUCUCAAACUUACAAACGUUCUUCUCUCUUCCUCUUUCACGUGAAACCCUCAUCAUCCUCUUCUUGUUCUCUUGCACGCCACCACCACCAACCGCAGCAACCACCUCGCUGCCACCAACCGUUGUUGCCGCGCCGCCUAGCCGCCGACCAACCUUUCUCCUCCCUCUCCUUCACGUACACAAGCACUCCUCCUCCUCUUUUCUUUCUUGCUCCACAAGCAGCCACCUAGCGCGACCACCUGCACCACCGUUGCGCCACCAACCGCCAAACUGCCCUGCUGCCACACCACCCCUGUUCGCCAGCCAGCCUUCCUGCCUCUCUCUGUUUGGUUAAUUCUUAAACCCUUAAACUAAUUAAUAUUUUAAUUAUGUUUUAAUACUUUAAUUCAUGUUUUCCUGAGUUAAAUUUAUAGUUUUUAUGAUUUAAUUAUGAAUUUCAGAUUACAUGUUUUGCAUAAUUAAGUUAUUAAUUUUCAGAUUCUAUAAUUUGAUUGAAAUAAGGGUUUUAGAUUAUUAAAGCAUGAAUUUUUAGUUUUAAAUCUUGGUAGGAUGAUUAUAAGUUAUUAAAGUUAUUAUUUUUAUGAUUUUAAGCAUGUUGGAUAUAUUUUGCAGUAGUUUGAAAUUAUUUUAUAUUACUGGAAACUGUAGAGGUCAUGUUUUAUUGGAGUUUAUGAUAAUUUGUGAUCAUUAGUGAAUUAAUCACUAUGCUAGGAGGGUUAGUAGUUAAGUUUUGAUAUAGGGGAGUGUUCUAAAUAUGUUUAGGAAGGGUUUAAAGUACUCUAAUGUUGCUGUAAAUUCAAGGAGGACUGAUAUGAAUUUAUAUUGGUUGUUUUUAGGUAGAGAAUUCUCUAUAGGCGACUUGUGAGUUGUUAAAGUGGUCUCCCAAUUUUUUUACACAAGGUACACACAUACCUAUGUGUUUGUGGAUGUGGUACAAUGAAUAGAAACCAUGUUGAAUUUAUUCAUGAACUUGAUUAUGUUGGAAAUUGCAUGUUGAUGUCGUUGAAUAAACAUGUGAAGCAUGAGGAUUAUAUUAUGAAAUUCAUAUUAUGUUGGCAUGAUUGAUUUAUGCAAGCAUGUUGGUUGAGAACUAUAUUAUUUAUAUAUUGGCACGAAUCUUGAUUGAUCGUUGUUCCCUUUUUAGUAUUUCACUACUUAUAAAGACCGUGGACCUUGUUUAGUGAGUUGAUAUUUUACACCUAUGAAAGGUAGUUGAUCAGUGGUAAAGGAAUGAUUGAAUUAAUUGGAAUUAAUCUAUAUAAUAUAUUAAAAGGCGUUGUGAAAAAUGUAUAUGUGGCACGUAGUACUCUUCCCUUUACGCCACAUCAUUCACUCACCGAGUGUUAUGCCAUGUCAUAGACAACCAAAACUAAUGCAAUGAGAUUCGAACACAAGACCUCAUGUGUAGAUGAUAAGUUUCAUUACCAUCUUAACCAACCACUAAUUGUUGUUUAUUUAUUCACAUUAAUUUAUAAAUAAAUGUUAACAUAAGUCUAAACACAACUAAAUUUUUACAUGACAUUUUAUUUUCUUUGGACUAUUUUGAAAAAAGUAAUAAUAAUUAUAGCAUUAAAACAAGAAAAACAUGUUGACGUAAAUUUUAUAUAAUAUAUAAUUUGGUGUUUAAUAAUUUGAAGAACUUGUUCCACUGGAAAACAAAUUACACAAAUGGUAAAAUGAUCUAAUUGAAAAAUUACUUAGCAUGAUAAAUGAUGUAGUGUGUCUUUGUAAUUGACGAACUUCAUGGAUGUUUUUACUUUAUGAAAUACAUGUAUUUUGGUCAAAUAUUGAGCUCAGGAAAAAUCUAAAAAUUUAAGUAUUGAAUGUAGCAACCGGGGCAUCGCCCGGGCUACACACUAGUUAUAGAUUGAAAGUUGUGUGAUCAUUUAUUUAAUUCUAGAUAAAAAUAAGUUGUGAUUAUUUUUUGAUUGUGCUAUUUAUGUUAUUGCUGAGUCAUAAAAGUAUUAAUUGGUAAAUCAUGUAAAGUGAAACCGGAUAUCAAUAGCUUUAGAAUGUGCACGUCUGAAGUGACAGACAAUUGGGAGUUGGAGUUCAUGGUGGUAGCUCAUGGCUUUUUCUGGGACCGGAUUGAUCACCGUGUUCUAUUUUAAUUAAAAGGUCCCUUGAUAUUGUAGGUCAUGGGAAUACGGAGUCGCACCCGUAUUCUGUUUUCCAAAAGAAAGGCUAUUUCAGUUAGACAACUCAACCCAUUGACUAAUCCAUUUAAAUGAACUAUUAUUCAAAGCUAGUCUAGUAAAAGUUAUGUGUGAGUCUUUAUUUGUUAAUUAUUAUGGUUUAUUAUUUAUUAAUAUCAUGUUAGGAAUAUUAUUAUUUAUUAUGUAGUACUCAACUUUCCCGAUUACGUGGUUUUGUUUGUGUGUGUUGAUUAUGGCUAUGCCUUAUUGGUCAUGUGACGACCCAUUUUGGUGAGCAGUCUCUAGGGAUUAAUCAGCAUUGUCCGUUUACAUGUUUGAAGAUGAUGUAUCAUUGGUUUCAGGAUUGGAGAGCUUGUGUAGUUAUUUAUAAUUUUCUAAGUUGACCUUGGUUUUGAUUUAUUUAAGUUGACUUUGGUUUCUUCUAAGUUGACCUUCGUUUGUUAAGUUGACUUUAGAUUUUAUUGGUUGGUUUGGAAUUGUGAUGGACUAUUUAUUCUAUAAGGUUAUUUAUUAUAUUUUCCGCUACAAAAUUCUGAAUAAGCUGAUACGUUUUCACACGGGCGACAAUGCCUUGAUAAUUCUCUAUAUUUAUAUUAAAAAGAGAGAAUUGUCGGGAUGUUACAUGUGAGUUAAUUAAAUAAUCUUAUAUCUGUUAAUUUUCUCUUAGUACUCCCUUACUAGAGUUCUAGUCUAGAUUCCUACAGGAAGAGAGCGUGGUUUUUAGUGUUUUUGUUGUUGAUUUCUUGUUUAACUAUGGCCAUUUAUGAGGAGCUUAAAGGGAGUUUAUGAUUUUCUCAUUUUGACGAGGAUGAUGUAUCCUCUGACAAGUUAACAAAUAUAGUUUGUGUGUUGGGUAAUUCUCUUAGAAUUUUUGAGUUUUUUUAGGAAUUGCAAAGUUGAAGGCAACACCUACUUCAACCAGGAAGAUUUUAGUUUGACCAUUGAUAAAUAUUCUCUUGCAAUCAAAAUCUUAUCAUUUUUCCAUAUUCUUAAUGAUGAGGAAAAAUCCAUUUUUUUUCGAAUUAGCUAGUUCGAUUAACCUCAAUCUGGCAACGUGCUUUAUCAAGAAGAAUGACUUCCUAAAAGUGGGUAAUUUGUGCUCUUUGGUUUUGUGUCAUGAUACUAAAAAUGUGAAAGCUUAUUAUAGGAGGGUUGUGGCAGCAUUUGAGUUACACAAGCUAGAUUUAGCUUUUAUUGGUCUUGCCCAAGAAAUUAAGAUCAAUACCAACACCGGAGAAUUUCACCGGAAACUUAAAGAGGUGAUAUCUUUUUUGGGUUGGUCUCCGAAAUUUGUUGCCGACGCCCUUGCAGUAGUAGGAGAAGGGGAGGAGUUUCAAAGUUAUUCCCAAAUUGGGUUGGAUGGGGAAAACGGAAACACAAGAGAAAGAGUUUUUGGUAAGAAACAGAUGGAUGGGAACAAUCGAAAGGAUGGAAAAGGAUUAUUUAAAAGGAAGGAGAAGGAGAAUGAAAAGGUGAAUGAAAGUGGGAGGAAGAAGGGUAGAGAAGCCUCCGAUAGGUGCAGUGGUGUGCUUCCUUCUACGGUCCAAGAAGAUCAUACUCUUCCAGGACAAGUAGGAAGGAAUGUUAUUGACAAUUCCAAUGUGGAGGGUAAAGUCAACCCUCCUCCUCGGGAUCAAAGGUUCAACGUUGAAGAAGGUCUAUUUUUAAGUCUUGGAGUUAACUCCAGAAAAAAACCAAAUCCAACAGGACCCACACUCCAGUUUUCGAAUCGGAAGCGACAGGAGUCCUAUUUGCAUCUCACUCCCUCAGUGUAUAGGGUGAUUUCCUCGGGAAGAACAUUGAUCUACUACUGUUCUUCUGAGAACAAGGUAAUUAGUAUUCGAGUUUUAAGUCCAUCGAAAGAGGUAAUGGACUGGAAUGAAACACUAAAAGAUUAUACACCAAUGGAGAUUAGUCAACCCCCCCCCCCCUCGUGGAAGGGCAAGAUCGGUGUGAGACAAAUCCAAGCUUGGUGCCAACAAAUUUCGCCACAGGAUUAAUACUGGUUCCAAGAGAAGUUCGCCAUGCCUCGUAGAAGACAGUUGGUCCCAGCAAAAAGAAGUUUAAUGGCCCUACCCCUGUGUUUUAAAGUGUAAUUUUAUUAGUGAUAACUUAGUUUUUGUUUAAGUUGUAUUAUAUGUUUAAGCCUAUGUCAAAAAAAAAAAUACUCCGUAAAAAAUAAACUAAACUAGUAGUUGAUGCGAGGGGAAGGUCUUGGGUGUACUAGAGGAUUCGAUGUCGCCAUGCCGACGAUGAGGGUUGCAUUGAGCGUUGAUGGGCGACAUUAAUCUUUAGGGGGGUUGCUUUGUCUUUUGGACUUUUUGGGUUUUGGUUUAGUGUUCGUUUAGGAGAAGAGAGUAGAAAGUAAUGUGAAUAGUGAACCUUGUUCAUUAACUCAUACAAUGACAAGUCCUGGACAACAAUCUAGAGCGUCGACUUUGAACGCUA